AUGCACAAACUAUCAACCCACAACCACCUGACACCCAGAGAUCUUUUGCCCGAUAUUAGAUUUCAUGGCACGAAGAUUCUUGCUUUCCCCCCAACCUUGUAUUACAUCGAUCAGGAGUCCAGGUUUAAAAGGCGAGACAUUCCCGACAGUCUGGUUACACCUUUCACCGUGGAUUCUGCUGCAACGGGAGGGCCAUUCUUUGACGAGAUUUAUGUUGAUCCAGCUCUCAUCCAGAAUCCGAACAGUCCCGGGAUGCUCAAGUAUCCCAGGUCGAGACACCAGCUCAAAAGAGUGAGUUAUAUUCCACCUUGGGCAAUCGUUGACUUUGUAGGAAACACCGAAAAAGCCUUGUGGAUCUCCCGCCCACCUAUGGAAAAGGAGAUUAUGCGUUUCGUAACAAGAUACAGGGCCGUUUAUAAACUCUUUGUCUUGGAGCCAAGUUGCAUGCGGACAUUUGGCAUUGAGGAGAACACCAAUCUUUCCUAA